UAAAAAAAUAAAAAUAAAUGAUAAAAAAUCACAGGAAAAACAAAACAAAGACAAAACAAAAAAGUUAAGAAAGAUUAAUUAAGAAAAGAAACAAAAGAGUCAAAAGUCGACCAAAAAACAAAGAAAGAUACAUCCACCCACUCUUGACUCGCCCCUGCCCCGAGGGUUACUAGAAAAAGUGUAAAAGAGAAAAGAUAAGACAAAAAACUCAAAAAAAAUAAAAAAGUGAAAAGAGUACAAAAAAUAAUCGGGAGAGCAAAAAAUAAUAAUAAAAAUACAAAAAGAUAAAUCCAACCCCCCCCUCCCCCAAUCGUGACCCGAGACUCCCAGGAGCUACUACUACGAGAAUACUAAGGAGCUACUACAACUACUACUACUAUGAGACUACUAAGGAGCUACUACGAGACUACCAAGGGGAAGACGCAAGACCUCAAGACUUCAAGAUUCUUUUGCUACCUCGCCCGACCACUCGAGCCGCCCCCACCUCACCGACCUUCUCACGCGUCAUUGCCCUCUCACACAUCACUUGCAUCUCACAUACCGUCAAGAUUCUCACACCUCAUCCGAGGGGCACCCCUCCCCAAGUCUGCCUUCUGCUGCUCAUAUCUUUUGUCCCUCGUCUUGCCUUUCUACACAUCUUUUCCGGGAGUCACUUCACAGGUCAAGAUUGCCAAAGGAGAAUCUUGUCGGCAUCACCGCUGAAACGUCAUCGACGUGUAUUCUCUCGUCUCUUGCGAUGACAGGCUAUCACUCCUGAUGGGUGACAGCAGAUAAAUGGUGGGAUUAGACAACGAAGCCAAGCCCUCCAAUGGGGCCGAGAGGCCAGAAGCUGUAGCGACCCGUGUCUGACACUUCAUUCGGAUAGCGAUCACGCUGUCUCGCGCUUGAUCAAGUAGCAACUCGAGAUCAAGAGAUUGAGCAGAUACCGAGCUGCUGCUGCAGUCAACAAUCGACUCAUACAUGAUCGAAAUCGGAGUCAGAAUCAGG